AUGGAGGAUGCAGUGCUGUUGCUGCUCAUGCUGUUUGUGCUGGUAGUGGCGUCGUUUGUACUGGACCGUUACUCGUGUAUGGUUCUAAGCCAGAGCAGCUUCGCGCUCCUGUUUGGGCUCUUCGUGGGUCUCUUCAUGAUCAUGGGAGGCAAGCAUGCGGCGCUACACACACACCUGAACCUGGACAACAGUCUUUUCUUCAAUGUGUUGAUGCCACCGAUCAUCUAUGAAGGAGGCUUCUCUAUCAAGCGACAGGCAUUCUUCCGGAACUUCCCGGCUAUCAUGAGCACGGCAGUUGUUGGCACAGUCAUUGCUGCGACUAUUACGGGCGGCGUGCUUUACCUCGCUGGUGCAUCGAAGUUAGUUACGAGACUCUCGUGGGUGGAGGCUCUGCUUUUUGGUACGCUGAUUAAUGCUGUGGACCCGGUGGCUACGUUAUCGUGCUUUAAUAAGCUCCACGUCCCACCGCUCCUGUUCAACCUAGUUUUUGGAGAGAGCGUGAUCAACAAUGCUGUAGCAAUUGCGCUGUACCAGACGCUACACAAGUGGGACGUCGGCACUGAUUUGAGCUGGAAGCAAUUGCUGCGGGUGGUUGUCAACACAAGUUGGAUGUUCUUGGGGUCGCUGCUUGUGAGUGCAGCGAUCACACUUUCAGGUGCCUUCCUGCUCAAGCGCAAGGUUUUCUCGUCGUUACAUUUCUUCCCCAGCUACGAGAUCUGUCUGUGUUUGAUCUUUAGUCUGCUGACGUAUUACGUGGCUGACAGUCUAAAGCUGAGCGGUAUCGUUGCGCUGUUCUUCUCAGGAACCAUGACCGCUCACUACCAUUUCAACGCGUUGUCACGUGAAGCUCGACAUGCAUUUACGCAUUUGCUCCACACGAUUUCGUUUGUGUGUGAGAACGUUGUGUAUGUAUUCAUGGGCACGUCGGUGAUAAUGAUUUUCUCCGGUCAUCCAGAGAAGAGUUUGGGUGCUGCUCUUCGGGUAGAUGAUAUCGACUGGCACUUCAUUGGUCUGACGCUUGUGGCAUGCGUAGUGGCUCGCUUUUUCAACGUCUUCCCACUUCUAAAGCUUUCCAAUUGGUCGCGGGAGUCUUCCGACCGUAUUCCAAUCAAGUACAUGAGCGUGAUGUGGUUCGUUGCUCUUCGUGGAUCCAUCGCAUUUGCACUCGCUAAGAACUGGAACUACAUUGGUCGCUAUGGUUCCCAUCGCCACCUCGUAGAAUCUACUACUCUCGUGGUGGUGCUCUUUACCACGAUCGUGAUCGGUGGUCUUACUGGCCCGCUCCUCUCCAAGCUUCGUCUCACCAACCACCACACACUCGUCACUUCAUGCUUCCAAGAGACUGAGGUGGAAGCACACCCCGUGUUCACAUCACGACCGCAGUUCCGAGACGAGGACUACAGUGAUGACGAGGGCGAGCGUAACGGAGACUCAACGACUCACCGUACCGAGACUCUGACUGGCGCGUUCAUUCGCAAUUGGCAGACCUUUGACACGACUUACAUGCAACCAAUGUUCGGUGGUCAUCGAUCCCCUGCAAACCCAUUACCAGUCGACGAGGCAACCGAUUCGGAGGCUGACAAGAUGCAGACGCCAAGCGCUGUCUGA